AAAUUUUGCAAUAACUGGCAUGUUUAAUACAAAAAAUAUACUUGAGUAAAUUUUAAAAAUAAAAUUAUUAAUAAGGAACUACAUACUUUAUCUUCAAAUUCAUUAUUUAUUUCGAUUUAUAAAAGGUAGUUCAAUGUAGAUACAUACAAAUAAUUUUAAAGUGCGUCUAGUUUAAAUAUAAUGAAAAUUAAUGAAAAAAAUUUGAUUAGAUAUUCCACAACACCUCCAUUUGAUUUAGAAGGUUGGUUGAAUAAAAGGAGUAGCAAUAAUUCUUGGCGAAAAAGAUAUUGUGUCUUAAAAAAUAAUUUGCUAUUUUAUUUUGAUAAAAAAGACGAAAGCGAACCAUUAGGAUUGAUUAUUUUAGAAAAUUGUACAAUAGAAUUGGCAGACGAAUUUGACGGCUUAAGCUUUCAAAUAGUGUUUGAUAAUCGAAAUAUAUAUACUUUCGCUGCUGAAAAUCAAGAUAUUUUAGAGCUUUGGAUGAAAUCUUUGACUAGUGCUAGUUAUGAAUAUAAAAAAGCGAUGGUACUGGAAUUACAGCGUCAACUUAAUGAAAUUAAUACGCAAAAAAUCCAAAAUGGAUUACAGAAUUGCGUAGUGCAAAAACCUCAACCAACACAGCAGCAACAAAACCCAUUUCAGGAUUCUCCUAAGCCUCCGCCAAGGCGGCAAAAUCCUUUUAAUAGACCAGCUCCUCCAGUACCCGAGGGGGCCGCAUCUUCAGUUUUAUUCAAUCAGUCUUAUGGAAACAAAGCAACUAAUACGAAACAAUCACAAAAUAAUAUUGUUAAUAAAAGUGUAAAUGCAGUCAAUGGAAAUUCGAGUAAUUUUGGUGGCAAAUGGGAAAUAUUUACAGAAGAAUCAAGUUUAGAUGUUGAAAAAGCAUUUCAUGCUAAUCAUUUUGGUGUAAAUAAUGAACAAAAUUAUCACAUAGAUAGAAAACCGCAACCCACAAAAAAUAUGAAUGAAAGUUCAGAGAACGUAUUUAAAACAACACAUGAACGCUUUCGAAAGAUAAUUUUACAUGACAUUGGCCAAUACAGAAAAAAAAAAGAAAACCGUACUGAGCCACUUAUUAUAUUGUAAUGAGUAUAAGUAUAACAAGUCAAAUUUUUAAAAAUAUUUUUUUUAUUAAUUUAUACAUUUAUAUUUACAUAUAAUGUGCAAGUUGAAACUUAGAUUUUUUUAACUAUCAUUGUUAUUAAUAUUAUUAAUGUAUAUAUGAGUACAUAUAUAUAUAAAAUACUAAUUUUAAUAUUAUAAGUAAACAUUUGUAUGUAGAAACAAUGUUAUUGCAAACAUUGUUAAAAAAUUUUAUUACCUAUAUUCAUAAA